AUGGUGGUGUAUGCAUCAUGCUCUUCAUGCUUCCCAGCCCUCAUUGUUAAGCGCCUCAUGUCCCCUUCCUUCACACCCUCCCAUAUCCAGGCUCCGUACCAUGCGACCCGCUCCGCUUUCCUCCCUCAGCUCCCGCCCCUGCGGCUGCCCUUCCAGGGCCUGGCGCGGGAGCUGACCCGCCCCCGCCCCGGACCUCCCCUGCUCGCGCUCUGGUCAACUGCCGUCAACGCGGUGGCGCUGGGCGCCGCCCUGGACGGCGCCCAGCGCGCCAUGCGCGCCGCACCGGUCGAGGCGCUGGCGGCGCGCGGCCGGCCGCUGGCCGCGCUGGGCGCGCUGGGCCCCCGCCUGGCGGUUGCCGCGUUGGCUGAGGGCGGCGUGGCGCGGCCGGGCACCUUCCACACGCAGCUGGCGACGGUCUACACGCUGGCCUGGCUGGCGGACGCCGCCGCGGGCCGGGCGGCGCGCGCGCUGGCGGCAGCGCGUGCCGCACAGGCGGGGGGCGCGCUGGGCUUUGCGGCGCUGGGCGCGCUGCGGGGCGCCCUCGCGGUGGUCUCGCGGGGGAGCGCGCUGCAGCAGGCCGCCUGCCUCUGCCUGAUGAGCGGGCUGUGGGGCGGGGCGCAGGGCUACGCGCGCAUGCUAGGCGCGGGGCUGUCGCUGCCGGGCAGGUGCCUGGGGGCGCUGGCCCUCGGGGUCAGGCUGCUCCGCCUGGCGCUGGCCCGGAGGCGGUGA